UUCACCGCCGAGGUUGCAAAGUGAGCAAGGUGUGUGUGUGUGUGUGUGUGUGUGUGUGUUUGAUGUUGUCAAACCUGAAUUUAUGUUGUCGUCGUGUGAUGGUGCUUGGUGGUAGUGAUUGAAAGUUGUCAAGUCAAGCGUUUCAUCAGAGCAUUACACAAAACAAAACAACAAUAACUAAUAGCCAGUUGUCAAAGUCAGCACACACCCUGGAUUAUUAUUUCAACUGAUUCGUUCACAUAUCUGGAACACAAGACAAGUAGCAUAUCGAAAAUGUCCAGAAUGAUCCAUAAUGCGGACAUUUCUUAUUCCAGUAUCAAUGCUGGAAAUUUCAAAUCAACUCGAUCGGACAAUUGUUGCCGGACAUGUUUCUUAAAUUUUCCAUAUGCAACGAUAACUUCAACAUUUUUCGUUAUAUCCGGAUUGAUCAUCAGUUUCAUAGCUAUAUUCCAUCUGUUGGGCAUUAUUGAUCGACUAGCACAAGAUUUAUUCUACAAACACUUUCCUUGGUCGAAUGAAAUCAAAGUGGUUAUGUUGUUUAUUCUCGGUUUUGUCGCUGUUGUUAUACUGGUCAAUCUUGUUAUUGGAUUUGCAACAUCAUUCCUGAAAUUCGAUGGCAAACCAUCGCAACGAAUGUGUUUCUGCUGUAGAAAUUCUACGACCAAUUGUUUGAUGCGUUUCGUAUUCUCUGUCAACCAAUUAAUAUUUCUCAUAUUCUUUUUGCUGUUCAUAACAUUUACACUGUUUACAUUUAUCUUAUAUCUAAUGAAAACCCUGUGUAAUUCCGAACAAUUGGUUAGCGAAGUAGAAAAAUCUUUUGAUAAUCCAAUGGCACAUCAAGAACAUUCCAUAAAUCUGCAACCAUUUUCACAUUUUUUCCAUUUGCCACAAAACGAAACCUAUCUGUUGCUAUUCAAAGAGAAUCGUUUGAAAACAUUAUGUAGAGAUUAUGUAUCUACAUUACUUUUAUAUACACUGAUUUCGUUGGGCAUAUUUCUAUUGUUCGUCGGUUUCUAUUGCUAUUCAAUCAAUUUGACCGUCAAUCGUAUUCGUAUAGCUACCUACAAAAAAUACACUGAAUUAUUAUAUUUAAGUAAUUGUACGGAAAUGAAUGCAUUCAAUGAUGCAUCAUUCGAUGGUAAUGGAGAACGAUUCUAAUCACAAAAUGAUUUCAGCAUUGAAAAUAUUUCAUAAUCUUAUCACUUUAUUUUUUGAUCAUUUCAUUAUCAUUAUCACCAAAUUUAGAAGCUUGAUGGAAAAACUCACAUGUAUGAAAACAAUUAAUUUCUUUGUAAA